AUGGAUAAGGAUGUGCUGACUACCCUGAAGAUCCUCAUCAUUGGUGAGAGUGGGGUGGGCAAGUACAGCCUGCUCUUGAGGUUCACAGAUGAUACGUUUGAUCCAGAACUUGCAGCAACAAUAGGUGUUGACUUUAAGGUGAAAACAAUUUCAGAGGAUAGAAAUACGGCUAAACUUGUAAUAUGGGAUACUGCUGGUCAAGAGAGGUUUAGAACAUUAACUCCCAGCUAUUACAGAGGUGCACAGGGUGUUAUAUUAGUUUAUGAUGUCACAAGAAGACACACAUUUGUUAAACUGGAUAAUUGGUUAAAUGAAUUGGAAGCAUACCGUACAAGAAAUGACAUAGUACAUUUACUUAUCAAAAUUGAUAAGGAAAAUCGUGAAGUCAACAGAAAUGAAGGUCUGAAAUUUGCACAAAAGCAUUCCAUGUUAUUUAUAGAGGCAAGUGCAAAAACCUGUGAUGGUGUACAACAUGCUUUUCAAGAACUUAUUGAAAAGAUCAUUCAGACCCCUGGAGGAAAUUAA